CACGCCAUUAGCUAACAGCUAGUUAUGGUUUCCGUUGUGCUUUAUUUUUUCCAACAUUUAAUCCGUUUUUUCCAACAUUAUGCUAGCUCGCCUCCUACUGAGAGCUUUGGCCUUGUUAUUUGGGUACAGUAACGUUGAGUGCUGUCGCUUAAGAAGUAAUGGUGGAGAGGCGUAACGAGUCAACCCAGGCAGCUGUCUGACUUUGUUCGUUUACUAUGAGCUCCCUAUCAGCCCAGCCUCCGGCAUCAAGCUCAUCAUGCAGAACACUACCCGGAGAGGGAAAUCAGGUGCAACCCAAAGCCCCUCUGCUGCAGAUUCUGCGUGUUGCCGGAGCCCAAGAAGAAGUCUUCACACUCAAAGAGGUGAUGCACUACUUGGGUCAGUACAUCAUGGGGAAGCAACUGUAUGACAAACAGAGGCAGCACAUAGUCCACUGCCAGGAUGACCCUUUGGGAGAGCUGCUGGAGGUGGAGAGCUUCUCCGUCAAAAACCCGAGCCCGGUGUAUGAAAUGCUCAAGAAGUACUUAGUUGUGCUUGGUUGUUCUGACGCUGCAGAGAAUCUUUCAGUGGGCCGUGAAUGUGUAGAGGGCGGAGUGGAGGAUCGUGGUCAGAUUUGCGGAGGUGUGGUUAAAGCAGGGCUGGAGGCUGCCAGUGAAGGGCCUCACCUGCAGACCACCUCCCAGCGACGGCCCCGGGAGCCAGACGAUGACUCUCUUGAAGGCCUGCCACGGUCAGCAUGCAAACGGCCCAAACUAGAUGUUACCUUGGACGAAUGGGACCUCUCUGGCCUGCCCUGGUGGUUUCUGGGUAAUCUCCGUAGUAACUACAGCCGCAGGAGCAAUGGCUCCACUGACAUCCAUACAAACCAACUGUCUCCUGCACAGGAAGAGGACACGGCCAUCGUGUCGGACACCACCGACGACCUCUGGUUCCUGACCGAGGGCGGAAGUGAACAGGUGAGCGUGGAGAUGAAAGAGGCUGCUCUAGAGGAAGGGAGCGCAGGAGAAGGGGAGGCGCCACCUGACGAUGAUGAUGGAGGAGGGAAGGAGGAGAAAGCAGAUAGAGAGAUGCAGGAGGAGCCAGAUGAAGACUCACAGUGUCUGAGCGAUGACACUGACACAGAGAUCUCCACACAGGAUGCGUGGCAGUGCACAGAGUGCCGAAAGUAUAACACACCUCUCCAGAGGUACUGUGUUCGCUGCUGGGCGCUACGUAAGAACUGGUACAAAGAUGUCCCCCGACUCGCCCAUUCCCUUUCUGUUCCCGACAUCCCAGCAUGCAGCUCUCUAAGCGCCCAUGACGAGGAAGAUGACAGCGACGCAGGCAUCGACGUGCCAGACUGCAGCAGGACAGUCUCUGACCCCGUCAUCCUGCCCUCCCACUCCACAGCCGACCGACCUCUGCCCACCAUGAUUACGGGGAAAGGCAAGGCUCCUUGGCCCUCCAGCUUCAACAAGGAUGAGCAGCUCUCAGGAGGGGAGAGUCAGGAAAAUCUGGGGAUGGAGAUUGAAGAAGUUAGGCCCGAGGCACUGUUGGAGCCUUGCAAGCUUUGUCGAGUGAGACCACGCAAUGGAAAUAUAAUACAUGGACGUACGGCUCACCUGUUAACCUGUUUCCCCUGUGCAAGGAGGCUACACAAGUUCCAGGCUCCUUGUCCAGGAUGUGGGAAGAUCAUUCAAAAAGUUAUUAAGAUAUUCAUUCUCUAAAAAAAACACACACACACACACACCUCUCAGGCUCUGGGGACCUCAACAACAAAAAAUACACAUUCUCAAAC